GAACAUUUGUAUCUGCAUAGAAUAGUUUCACAUGAAUAAGGGCUGAAGAAAGGGUAAAUAGUUCAAUUUUUAUUUUGAAGGACAGUAGACCACGAAGAAUUCUGGAUCGUUUUUUAUUUUUUUCCGAUGGAUUCAAUCAUCGGAUUUUAAUGGCUUGCGUUCCUCUACCUCGAAAUCCCUAAUUUCUGGCUACAAGGCGAUCCAGAUGUAAAAUCCGUUCUCCGGGGAUUUUCUUCCGUUUAUUCGUAUCUCAUCUCACUUAGCGAGACCCCGAGAACAAUCUUCGAUCAUUUUCUGUAGAUAAGUUCAUAAUUUUCUUUCUUUUCUUUUUUUCCUUCUAAUCCAUUGUGUGAUGUGGAGGCGAAAUUCGAAACCAAUGAGGUCAUUUUCCAGUCUACAAAGAUGUAGAACUAUUGCCCUUUCUUCACUUUCUGUUAUCCUCGCUAUCACUUUUGUGAUAAUUUAUAUAACUAGAGUUAAAUCCAGUUCCCAAUUCGACUCCCCAAAGCUAAAAUGGAGCGGCUCUAAGUCUGCAGUCGAGCUCCAGCUUCUUCCAUCUAUGGUGUUUAUGAAUGGCACUGAUUUGAUGUGGCAACUACCUGAAUCACCUAAAGCAGUCCUUUUUAUAGCCCAUGGAUGCAAUGGCAGAUCUUCUAACUUUUGGGACAGGUCGUCUAGCUGUCCAAACUGUGUUGGAUUGCCUGAAGAGAGACUCCUUGUUCUCCAUGCCCUUGCUCAGAAAUUUGCGGUGCUUGCAGUCUCCAGUGUUGGGAAAUGCUGGACUUUUGGAAAGGAGAAAGAAACUGUUAAAUGGAUUAUCGAGUGGUGGAUUGAUAAAAAUAAGCUUGGGAAGCUGCCUGUUGUAGCUCUUGGGGCUUCAUCCGGUGGCAAUUUUGUUUCAGCACUUGCUGCUGUGAUGAGGUUUAGUAGUAUCACUCUUAUGAUUGCAGAAGGGGUAUUUGAUUCAAUCGACAUACCAACCAAUUACCCUCCUACCCUUUUUAUUCAUAUGCCAAAAGAUCAGCGUAGAAUGAAAUUGAUUGAGAUGAAUAUGCAAACUCUAAGGAUGAAAGGUGUGCAUGUGAAAGAAGUUAGAUGUAUGCAGUUUCCCUUGACGCCGAACUUUUUAUCAGAUAGAAUUCCACGGUUGGAUCAAGCUUUCUCUGUUCAAUUGUUUGAGCUGCUUCAUCAGAGAGGUUUUAUUGAUGACAAAGGUUAUAUGAGGCGGGACGGGCGAGCCACUCGGUGGAAGCAAGUUUUAAAGGAAAAUAAAAUUUCAUCUGAAAAAUAUCAGUGGGUUAAUCAUAUUCAAGAAGAACUAAAUCUCGCAUAUGGAUAUCACGAAAUGACCAGUUUACAGUUAUAUGAUAUCUUUAGCUGGUUUGAAGCACAUUUGAGUUCAUCGAAAGCUUCAUAAAAUGUGAGCUAUUCUAUGACUCGAGAAACUAUUCUUGUAAACAUGUUUUUAGUGAUGGAAUAGAGUAUCAUAUAUAUGAUCAUCAACUUUCUUCAUGGAAAAUAUAAUGGUUUGAUUUCAUUACAUUUCUCUAAGAGCUUUUAAAGAAUGAUGAAUGAUGUCAAUGCACAAAGUGCCAUUCUUCAACAUAGAAUUAAAUGAGUUGUAAGCUUGGUAAAUAUAUUUUCAUUAAGUGGUCUAAA